AUGGCAGACAUCGGCACCUUGAACAGCACCUUGGGGGAUUCGCUCUUUACCUACGAGGAAAGGGUAGUGGUGGCUGUUCUCGUCCUGAUUAUAUUUGUCGUGGGGACCAUAGGCAAUUGCAUCGUCAUCCUCGCUGUCAUGCUGUCCAAGCAAUUACAGAACAACACCAACGUGUUCGUGGUGAGCCUGGCCGCUACCGAUCUCUGCUACUGCCUGCUAUUGCCGGUGAGCAACGUUGCAGCCCUCCUCUCGGUCGACGGAUGGCCGUUGCACUCAAAAGGCCUCUGCUUUCUCUUGGCCCUGAUGUCAUUCACCUGUGGGGGAGCCAGCCUGUACAACCUGGCCUGUAUCGCUCUCAACCGCCUGCUGCUCAUAAGGGGCCCCGCAGCAGCUUACCACUGGCUCUUCACGCCCAAGAAAAUCGUCAUCAUGGUGGUGUGCACGUGGGCCAUACCGUUAGUUGCCUUGCUCAUCCCACCUGCCUUUGGCGUCGGCGAGCUUGGAUAUGAUCCGGGCGACAAUACCUGCAGUGACAUCGAUUAUCACCCAAGGUCCUCCGACUACCAGCUGGUCCAGGCUUUCUGCAUCUACCCAAUCCCCUUGGCCACCAUCGUCAUCAGUUACUCGCUGAUCUUUGUACACGUCAAGCGCCACUUUGAGCGUAAGGAGGAGUCGUUUCGAUCAUCCCACGAAAUGUUAUCUGGUGCGCGUCCCGACGAGACCACGCGAGAGCUGGAGGUCCGCUUCAAAAAGCGCGUCAACAGGCAGCAGCUACAGAUCACCACGAAUCUCUUCAUGGUAUCCAGUGCCUUCGUGGUGUUCAGCGCCCCGUAUUCCUUCACCUUGCUGGUGCCACACUCCGGCAGGGUCUUGCUGUUUCUCUCGGUGCCGUUCACCUUCAACAGCUGCCUGAAUCCCAUCAUCUACACGGUGAAUCACCCGCGCUUCAACCGAGUGAUCCGCUGCAUCUUACGCUGCAGGUUCGGCGAGAUACCCAAACCAUCCCGUCUGCUCUUGGCUGCCCGUGCUAAGUGUGGAUCCGUGCAGUGUGAGUGA